AUGACGGCUUUUGGACAAGCCCUGAAAGAGAGUUUUUUACUGUUUGGAAAAAUGAAGGUUCCAUGCGGAAGAAGGUGCGUCAGAGUGCUUGAGCGGUUCGACAAGAGGUUCGAGCUCCUCAGAGGCCUUAAGAACUAUCGGCUGGAGAUCUUCAAGGUGAACCCCAGUACCUUCGUGCUGCCUCACCACGUCGAUGUCGAUUGCAUUCUCGUUGUCUUAAAGGGAGAAGGGACUAUAAGUUUGGUGUGGCAAGGAAAGAAAGAGUCUCACCACCUGGAGCGCGGGGACGUGAUCAAAGUUCCUAUCGGAACUACCGUUUACUUCGCUAGCUGUGGUGGAUCUAACGAACAAGUUCAUAUCGCCAAGCUGAUUCAGCCCGUUAAUACUCCCGGCACAUUCGAGGAAUUUUACCGUGUUGGUACCAAAAACCCGGAAUCAUACUACACGGUCUUCAGCAGCAAAGUUCUCGAGAGUUCUUUGAAAGGCGUGAUCAUAAGAGCCAGCGAAGAGCAACUGCGGGCACUGAGCGAACACCGUGGCAGGUCGAACAAGAAAGGCCACGGCUCGAAAGGUCCAUUCAAUUUGCUGGGCCAGAAGCCAAUCUAUUCCAACGAGUUCGGCCGGUUCUUUCAAGCCUCGCCCGAAAAGUUCAAGCAACUUCAGGACUUGGGCGUCUCUGUAACUUUUGCAGAAGUUAACCAAGGUUCAAUAAUGGUGCCGCACUACAAUUCAAAGUCAACGACAGUGGUGCUUGUGGUAGAAGGAAAUGGAUGGUGCGAGAUGGCUUGCCCUCACCUAGCGCUAGCGAGGCAGAGGUGGGGCUCCGGUGAACAAGAAGAGGAGGAGGAGCAAGAGAGCGCAAGGAGGAUGCGCAAGAUACCAAAAGAAAGAUCAGUAACAUCCGAACUGUCACCUGGCGACGUUUUCGUUAUCCCGGCGGGUCACCCGAUCGCCAUCAUUGCCGAGCAGAAUGAGAAUCUGAGAAUGGUUGGGUUCGGAAUCAAUGCUCAUGAAAACCAGCGAAUCUUCCUCGCAGGGAAAGAGAACAUAAUCAGCCAGAUGGACAGAGAGACCAAGGAGCUGUCCUUUGACCUCCCCGCGAGAGAGGUGGAUCGCAUUUUCGGGAAUCAGGAAGAGUCCUACUUCGUGUCCUCGCAGCAACAACCUCGGAGCGAGCAGGGAGAGCACCGCGAAACUGAAGGAUCAGGACGACCCCGACAGAGUGAGCGGAUGGACGAAGGCGACAAUGAAGGGUCGGAAGGAUCGGCGUUGUCGACUAUGGCGGCGUCGGUACUGGACGUGGCGGGCCUUUCCUGA